CCCGGGAUGGGCUCCGUGGCGGCCCUGCGCACCGUGCUGCUGCUGGGCCUGGUGACCGCGCUGGCCGUGUGCGCGCCCGGGCGCAACGGGACGGCGGAGCGCCUGGAGGCCCUGUACUCUCGCUCCCUGGCCCGGAUCCCCGGGGAGAGGAGGGAGGAGGUGCGUCGGGACAGCGACUACCUGCUGGGGAUUAAAAGGCUGCGGAGGCUCUACUGCAACGUGGGCAUCGGCUUCCACAUCCAGGUGCUCCUGGACGGCAGGAUAACGGGCGUGCACAACGAGAAUCGUUACAGUCUUCUCCAGAUCUCUCCGGUGGAGCGCGGUGUCGUGACUCUGCUGGGGGUUCGCAGUGGAAUGUUUGUGGCCAUGAACCACAGAGGAAAGCUCUACGGAUCUUUGCAUUACAACAAUGAGUGUAAGUUCAGAGAGAAGCUCCUCGCCAACAACUACAAUGCCUACGAGUCGGUGACCUACCCGAGGAUGUAUAUCGGCCUGAGUAAGAACGGCAAAACAAAAAGAGGAAACCGAGUGUCACCCGCCAUGACGGUGACACAUUUCUUGCCAAGAAUCUAG